AUGAACGCUGAACAAGAUCCAUUCGAGCAAGUAGUACGAGACACCAAGGAACAAAUCGAUCGACUAAGGCAUCAUUUAAGCGGCAAUGGACCUCGAAACGACUCCGACGAAGUGGCGGAGAUCCUAGGUGAUGUGGAAGAGACCAUAAAAGACCUCGAUCGAAGCGUAAUUGUUAUGAAACGGAACGGACAAGAUACUGGAGGUCGGGGAUCACAAGUCGAAGACCUCAGAAAUGCUCUACAAGCGCUUAAAUACCAACCACGCGUACUUAUCGAUGAAGAAGAAGAAGAAGAACCCUCGGCGGCUUCCCGUGAAAACCCCUUCAACAACCCACUGCAAGAACAAAUGAUUCGCGAACAAGAUACACAUCUGGACUCUAUACACCAUACGAUGACUAAUCUUCAUCUACAGGCCCAAACGAUGGGGAACGAACUGGAAGACCAGGGGGAAUUACUAAAUGAGAUGGACACCAACAUGGAUUCUUUAUCAAACAAACUUUCAAGAGGCCGUAGGCAAUUAGAAUGGGUCUACGAGAAGAAUAAAGAGCGCUAUAACGACUGUUGUAUUGGUCUAUUGAUAGUAGUACUUAUCGUUCUAUUGGUAUUGGCCUUUAUCGCCUAG